GGUCUGAGCCAGGUGGACUGCAAGGGGCGGAGGUAAUCAGGAGAGGCCAGUGGUGACCGCCGCCGUUCCCCGCCCCCUCCACGCAGCGCUAGCGACACGAGUGCCAGAAAGACGACGCGAGCGGUGGAGCCAGCUGCAUUCUGAGCUCGGGCAGGCUGCUUUGCGAAGUGCCGGCGUUUUCGUCGCGCUCAGUCCGAGGACCGCCACUAUGGAGGCGCAAGCACAAGGUUUGUUGGAGUGUGAACCAUUGCAAGGAAGAGAUGAAGAUGCAGUAGCUAGCGCUGACUUUUCUAGCAUGCUAUCGGAGGAGGAAAAAGAAGAGCUAAAGGCAGAAUUAGUUCAGCUAGAAGACGAAAUCACAACUUUAAGACAAGUUUUAUCAGCAAAAGAAAGGCAUCUAGUUGAGAUCAAACAAAAACUCGGCAUGAACCUAAUGAAUGAAUUAAAGCAGAACUUCAGCAGAAGCUGGCAUGACAUGCAAAGUACUACUGCUUACAAGAAAACACAUGAAACCCUGAGUCAUGCAGGGCAGAAGGCAACAGCAGCGUUCAGCAAUGUUGGGACAGCCAUCAGCAAGAAAUUUGGAGACAUGAGCUACUCCAUUCGUCAUUCUAUAAGUAUGCCUGCUAUGAGGAAUUCUCCUACUUUCAAAUCAUUUGAGGAGAGGGUUGAGACAACUGUCACAAGUCUUAAGACGAAAGUAAGCGGGACAAAUCACAGUGGAGGCAGUUUUGAAGAGGUGCUCAGUUCCACUGCCCACGCCAGUGCCCAGAGCUCGGCUGGAGACCCUCACCGGUCGGAAGAGGAGGAGCUGCAGGGCUAG